AUGGCCGGCUCCGCGGUGCUCUCGGCGGGGGCGGGGCUCCUCGGCGACGUGGCGCAGCUGCUGGGGUCGGUGCAGGCGGGCGGCCUCGUGGGGGACGUGGUGCCCGUGGACGUGUCCGUGAGACGGCCAGAGACGCUGCUGCCCCUAACGCUGGCCGCCGCGGCCAUGUGGUUCGUGCUUCAGGCCAUCGAGGCGGCCGGCUGGGUCAUCGCGGCCGCGCUCGGGGUGGGCAUCGGCCUGCGCCCGGCGAGGCGGCUGGCCAAGCGCGAGAGGUUCUGCACCGCAUGGGGCGAGGCCGUGUACUUUGCUGUCCAGGUGUUCGUGAGCUACCGCCUGUUCAGCGGGACCAGCUGGUACUGGCCCUCCAGCUGGGACACCCUGACGGAGGAGACCCCGGAGGGUCACCCCUCCCCGCCGGUGUACCGCUGCGCGCGCGAGAUGCGGACGUAUUACGCGAUCGAGUUUGGCUGGUAUGCGACGGGUUUUGUAGUUCUGUUUCUGAAGAAGCGCAGGGGGGAUUUUCUCGAGAUGCUCUCGCACCAUGCCAUCACAUGCGUGCUCAUUUUCACGUCCUACACCUACGGUUACAUCCGCGUCGGCAUCGUCGUAAUGACUUUGCACAAUCUGUUCGAUCCGUUCUUGAACAUGGCGAAGUGCUGUCACUAUGCCUUAAAAGGCCCUCUACACGUCCUCGCUGACAUAAACUUCGGGAUCGCCCUGGUGGUCUUCCUGAUCUCGCGACUUGUCAUGUACCCGGUCGUGGUCUAUAACGUUUGGUUCCAUAACGUUAUGUACCCGGGGAAGGUCCCCGUCUGGGACGCCACCGCCGACCAGUGGAUUUGCAAGAUUUGCCUGGUCAUGCUCUACCCCAUCCACCUGUUCUGGUUCUACCUCAUCCUCAAGGUCGCGAAGAGGGCGUGCAAGGGCGGGACGGUCCAGAACGACGAGCGCUCCGACAGCGAGGACGAGAGCGAGCCAGACGGUGGCACGGGCCCGCGGGCCGCGGAGGACGGCGGCUCCAGGAAGCGGAAGCAGAAGUGA